CUCUCUCUCUCUCUCUCUCUCUCUCUCUCUCUCGCGUGCGAGCUCGAGCUCGAGCUCGUCGGCGAUGGCGGGGAACGAUUGGAUAAACAGCUACUUGGAGGCGAUCCUGGACUCUGGGCCAGGGAUCGGGGCGGACAAGAAGUCGUUGUUGCUCCGGGAGCGCGGCAGAUUCAGCCCCACUAGAUACUUCGUCGAGGAAGUUAUCACUGGCUUCGAUGAGACGGACCUUUAUAAGUCUUGGGUUCGGGCUGCAUCAACAAGGGGUCCACAGGAGAGGAACACAAGGUUGGAGAACAUGUGCUGGAGGAUCUGGAAUCUUGCUCGCAAGAAGAAACAGAUUGAGAGUGAAGAAGCUCAGCAGAUUUCUAAACGUCGUCUUGAACGUGAAAGAGCCCGCCGUGAUGCAACUGCUGAUAUGUCUGAAGAUCUUUCAGAAGGAGAAAAAGGAGAUCAUGUGGCUGAUCUGUCUUCUCGUGGUGGCAGCACAAAAGGAAAAUUGUCCAGGGUCAGUUCAGUUGAUGCUAUUGAGGCUUGGGCUAGUCAACACAAGGACAAGAAAUUAUACAUAGUUUUGAUCAGUAUUCAUGGGCUUAUUAGAGGUGAAAACAUGGAACUUGGUCGUGAUUCUGAUACUGGUGGUCAGGUCAAGUAUGUCGUAGAACUUGCAAGGGCUUUGGCCGCAAUGCCUGGAGUUUAUCGGGUUGAUCUCUUGACCCGGCAAAUAUUGGCACCAGAUGUAGAUUGGAGUUAUGGAGAACCAACAGAGAUGUUAGCCCCCAGAAACCCUGAAAGUCUUGUGCAUGAGCUGGGAGAGAGCAGUGGUGCAUAUAUUGUCCGCAUACCAUUUGGGCCAAAAGAUAAAUAUAUUCCUAAAGAACUACUUUGGCCACACAUUCAAGAAUUUGUUGAUGGUGCUUUAAGCCAUAUCUUGCAGAUGUCUAAAGUUUUAGGUGAACAAAUUGGUGGUGGCGAACCUGUAUGGCCUGUUGCCAUUCAUGGUCAUUAUGCUGAUGCAGGUGACUCAGCUGCAUUACUCUCUGGGGCACUGAAUGUGCCUAUGCUAUUCACUGGCCAUUCCCUUGGUAGGGAUAAAUUGGAUCAACUUUUGAGACAAGGGCGCCAAACAAGGGAAGAAAUAAAUGCAACUUACAAAAUAAUGCGUCGGAUUGAGGCAGAGGAACUUGCUCUUGAUUCUUCUGAUAUUAUUAUUACAAGUACAAGGCAGGAGAUAGACGAGCAAUGGCAGUUGUAUGAUGGCUUUGAUGUGAUCCUUGACCGUAAGUUGCGAGCUAGAAUCAAGCGUGGAGUCAGCUGUCAUGGGCGUUUCAUGCCACGAAUGUGUAUAAUUCCUCCUGGUAUGGAGUUCCACCAUAUUGUUGUACAUGAUACAGACAUGGAUGAUGAUGUGGAGGGAAAUGAAGAAAGCCCUGCUACACCAGAUCCACCUAUUUGGUUUGAGAUAAUGCGCUUCUUUUCAAACCCCCGCAAGCCUAUGAUUCUUGCUCUUGCUCGACCUGAUCCCAAAAAGAACCUCAUUACACUAGUGAAGGCUUUUGGUGAAUGUCGUCCUUUGAGGGAGCUUGCAAAUCUUACAUUGAUUAUGGGGAAUCGUGAGGAUAUUGAUGAAAUGUCAACUACAAAUGCAUCUAUGCUUACUUCUAUCCUCAAAAUGAUUGACAAGUAUGAUCUAUAUGGUCAAGUUGCAUAUCCUAAGCACCACAAGCAAUCUGAUGUUCCUGAAAUUUAUCGUCUAGCAGCAAAGACCAAGGGUGUUUUCAUCAAUCCCGCUUUCAUUGAACCAUUUGGUCUUACAUUGAUUGAGGCUGCGGCACAUGGUCUGCCUAUAGUAGCCACAAAGAAUGGAGGUCCUGUUGAUAUACACCGGGUUCUUGACAAUGGUCUCCUUGUUGAUCCCCAUGAUCAGCAUGCCAUUGCUGAUGCACUUCUGAAGCUUGUUGCUGAUAAGAACCUCUGGGCACAGUGCCGACAGAAUGGACUGAAGAAUAUUCACUUAUUCUCUUGGCCAGAACAUUGUAAGACUUACUUAUCUCGCAUUGCAACCUGCAGACCGAGACAACCUCGAUGGCGAAGAAGUUAUGAUCUGUUUGAAAAUUCAGAGUCGGAGUCACCUGGUGACUCUCUGAGGGAUAUACAAGAUCUAUCAUUGAACCUAAAGCUUUCAGUAGAUGGUGAAAAAGCUGAAGAUAGUGGAAGCCUUGGUAACACCUUAGAUAUCAUGAAUAAGAUCGAUUUUUCGAAGAAAAUUGAAGAGAAGAGUAAUGCCAGUAAACUGCCUAUUUUGAGGAGGAGAAAACACAUCUUUGUCAUUGCUGUCGACACAGACACUGAAACUGAUUUCAUUGAGGCUGUGAAAAGCAUUUUUGAUGCUGCUUGUGAAGAUAGAAUAUCAGGUUCUAUAGGCUUUGUUCUAUCUACGGCAUUGACAAUAUCCGAAAUCCACUCGGUCCUUAUGUUGGGAGGCAUUCCUGCUACUGAUUUUGAUGCUUUUAUAUGCAAUAGCGGCAGCGAGCUCUACUACCCAUCGGCAAACUCUGAGGACCUGCUUAGCCCUUUUGACUUGCCUUUUGACCUCGACUUGGAUUAUAAUUCACAGAUUGAGUUCCGCUGGGGCGGAGAUGGUUUAAGAAAGACUUUAAUUCGUUGGGCUGCUACAGUUGUGGACAAGAAAGGGGAAGUUGAAGAACAGGUUGUUAUUGAAGACAAACAGCGUUCGGCUUCAUACUGCCAUGCAUUUGAAGUCAGAAACCCAUCUUUGGCUCCUUCUUCAAAGGAAAUUCGAAAGAUGAUGAGAACUCAGGCACUACGAUGUAACGUGAUAUAUAGUCAUGAUGGAACUAAAUUGCAUUUCAUUCCUGUUCUGGCUUCUCGGCCUCAAGCGCUCAGGUAUUUAUAUGUUCGAUGGGGCAUAGAAUUGUCAAACAUGGUGAUAUUUGUUGGAGAAAAUGGUGAUUCAGAUUACGAGGGUUUUCUUGGUGGAGUUCAUAAAACUGUCAUACUAAGCACAUUGUGCCACAACACUGAACAUAAAGAACUACAUGCAAACAGAGGCUAUCCUUUACAGGACGUCGUCGCUUUUGACAGCCCAAACAUAAUUAGAACUGGGAGCGCUUGCGGCAGCAGUGACAUAAAGCUCGCUUUGUGUAAACUGGGUAUACUUUCGGAUUAGAUUCACUGAAUGCCUACUUUUGUCCUUUAAAUUGUGCAUGGCUUCAUCAAAAUCAGCAAUGUCGAGAAUUGCUGAAAGAAGAAACCAAAAGUUCUCUAUCAUUGAAGUUAAAGAUGGUAUCAUCGUCAAACCAAUCAGACAUGAAUAAGAUUAAAACUGUAAGUUUUAUGAAGAUAUUAUGAAAGUAAAUUUCAGUAGAUGAUUUCAUUUAUCUGAAAUUGUCUAUCAUACUUCUUUUUGUGUGAUGUUCUCACUUUUCAGAAAUGAAAUGUUGUCAUGGUUUUUCACUGA